AUGUCCCAUUUAUUCUUCUUUGCAUAUUUGAGUUUUGAUGGACCUGCAAGUGAUUCUGAUGUGUGCUUAUACCACUCUGGAUUUCCCAUCUUCCAUGAAGGGAUGAAAUACUGGAGCUGCUGUAAGAGGAAAACCUCAGAUUUUAACACCUUCCUCUCUCAAGAGGGCUGUACCAAGGGAACACAUUUAUGGAGGAAAAAAGAUGCGGGUAAGAAAGUUGUACCGUGUCGGUUUGACUGGCACCAGACCGGGACGCAGGUCAUCAUUUCUAUCUACGCCAAAAAUGCCGUCCCAGAGCUGAGCUACGUGGACGCAAACAGCACCACGCUCAACAUCCACAUCAUAUUUGAAGGAGAGAAGGAGUUUGAGCAGAAAAUCAGCUUGUGGGGAGUGAUCGAUGUCAGUAAAAGUGUAGUAAACAUGAUGGCAGCCAAGAUCGAGGUGGCCAUGAAGAAGUCUGAGCUGUCCUGGGCUCGUCUGGACCUUCCUCCCCCCGUCCCCCCGCCCAAGGAGAGCGAGAAGAAAAAAGACGCCGAUAGCGAGGAAGAAGAUGAAUGAUAAGGAUUUAAUAUAAAGACACAGUGUGUAUUUUUAGCUGAAUCAAAGGCCACCAGCCACACAGUCCAUUCUUUACCUCUUUUAAAGAAUUGCCUCUUUUGCUGUUAUGGAACUUUGGCCUUUACUUCUCGACACUGCAGUGUUUGCCCUGUCAUUCUUUGUGAUCAGAGUGCUUAAUUUUGCCCAUUCUUCUCACUUUUGGAUCUUGAUUUGUCAUCUCGCUUGUUGGAAUUCUAAAGAAUCUUCAAGUGUUCUUUCCAACAUUUCUUCACAGUUAUAAAAGGAGGGACACAUUGUUUUUAGUAGACUUUCAAGUCAAAUCAGAUGACAGCUAAACUGUUUUAUUGCACUGAAUUCCCCUGGAAAAAUAACAAGAAUCGGGUGUGACCACGCUUUAUCUCACACCUGUGUACACUGCUCACAUCAAGUCAUCAUAAUGGAUCACUGUUGUCACCGUCAUUCAUCUUUUUUUUUUUUUUGUUGCAAUAUUUGGCUGACAUGAUUCCAUCUGUACAUUUCCAUGUUUCAUACUUGACCCAUUUGAAAUUGUCGGGGUUUUUUUUUCAUUCCGUCCUUUGGUCUCAUAAAUUGUGUAAAUUGUUGCAUUGUUGUGUCCAACAGCAUCACAUCAGAUUAAAUACUGUCUUUAUAGAUAUAUUUCCAUGCCAGUGUGAUGAAGAAGCUGCUGUGUGGCAUUUGAAUCGGAAAUUCACAUCAAUAAAUUAUCCCUACUCGUGUAAUAUUGAAUUUAUUCUGAAUAAAUGAGAAAUAAAAUAGUUCCUUGGGACUCUGAAAUCAAAUAUUUCGCAGAUGUGCUCCAACUAUCCCAACUUUCUCACCGUUAAACUGUACAUUUACUCAAACACCCCUUUUUUUUACACCAGUAUACUUCAUGUAUAUUUGUACACAUUCUGCUUUCAAAUACUGUAUUUAUCUCCUUAUUUCUUGUCAAAACAGCAGUGCGUGGUUUUUAAUGAGAAUGUACUGUAAUAUCUGAGAAUGCCAACUGAAUACAAAGUAUUUUAAGCAAAGUACUGUAUUAUAAUGUUAUGCUAGACAGCAUGUGUCAAGGCUUAGAACUGUAUAAAAUAUAUUUGGCUGAAUGAGACAUGGCGAAAGAGUAAAACUAUUAGGGAGGCAAUUUAUCUACCAAAAAAUAAACUUUUGUGUUGAAAUUUUAAAAA